AUGGAACUGCCAAAAUCAGAUGAUGACGCGCCAUACGAAGAGCAGUCCAACGUCAUUGCUUCGCCGAGGAAAAGGAAACUAAGCGCAACCAAUGAUUUUCGCAACGCUGAGAACAGGUCCGAGCUAGGGAGUGGAGCUCCCGCUUCUGACUCAUCCAAAUGGCAAAAAGGCAUCGAAGGGAUCCCUUUGCAGAUGUCAGACAAAAAUCACCCGGCUUCACCUCCUUGGAUUCGAAUCCGAUCUCCAUCCAUUGAGGUCAUCAGUAAUCCGUUGUCACCACUUUCUUCGGAUACAGCUCCUUUGAUCGACAACUAUGCGCCUUCUGUUGAUCAUGAUGUUCAAAGUGGCGUGGAAAUGCCCUCCCGUCGUGUAACCGAUUUCGGUGUCAAUGCACCUGGUGUAUACAGCGAUGCGCCAACUGUAUCCUGGCGUAGAAUCCGCAUCCCCCGUGACCCUUCUCCACCCCCGGCCCGCGUCGUACUCCCAUACAUUCCUGAGGGGUCCGAAAAUUUACUUCAGCGUCACGCCAACGAGGUCUACAUGCAUGCCUCAUGCCACCCCAUUCUGGAAGACAGCAACGAGCACAUUGUCUUUAUGCGCCCACCUUUCCCAGAUGAUAUUGAACUGAUCGACACCAUUCUGGACCAUCUGGCACACAAUCGGGGUGUCAAACUAGAAGGAUUUCGCGACCCCGAUAUAAUCGAGGCUUUGAUGGCAGAUCACAUGGCGACUAGAUGGAAUGUUCAGCCUGCACGACUGGUAGAGGUUCAUGAUACUUUCCGAGGCAUGAAGACCCCCGGUAAACCGUUUAAGAGAAUGCUGCACUCGGAAUUUAUUGAUGGUCUUGUCGAUCCAACACGUAACGAAAAGAUUCUUGACGUUCCCAUGUCGCAUCGAGGAGCUCCCCCUCCUUUCGGUCUUAUGGAUGACGGCAAUGACGCCUGGAAUAAUACCUCGGCACAAUACGACUGGCCACAUGGACUAUCACGAGAACAAUGGUCCGACUUGAACUGGGGUCUUCUUCAUCACGCCCUCACUUGGACCGAUGAACACCAUGAGGCAGAUGGUAAGAUUGCACUCAUAGCCGCUGAACAAGGCUGCAAACUUUGGGUUGCGAUAUUCCCUUCACUAGCCUUCCGUCGCAACCAGGUGGGUAAGUUUUUCGAUGAAGCCCUCAAUAUCAGUGGCCCCAACGAGUGGAAAAAGAUGUCUGUGGGAUUUACUUUAGCUUUGCUACCGGGAGAUUGCUAUUUCCAGCCUGCUGGUGCUGUCCACGCUGUAUAUACCCUGGAGCCUAGCUUCACCCGAGGAUCGUCAUUUUGGUCAUUAGCCUGUAUGCAUCACGUCGAGGUUUCUUGCUUGUAUGAUGCCGAAGGAGGAAUUUGGUCGACCAAUCUUGACCAUGAUCCUGAGCGCGUGUAUGAAGGACUAGUUCGGAUGAUGUUGUACCUACCGACGCAUCCCGAUAAGCUCCGCUAUAAACGCAGCCUAGUAUCCUUCUUGCUUAUGAUCUUGGAUCCCGUGCCGUAUGUACCAACACAUCGCAGAGCAUACGGUUUUCCUCUGGGCAAGGAUAAAGCCGCCGAGAAAUAUUCGCUUAAGCUUCAUGAGCAGGCUUUGUCCCGUGCACUCAGGAGAGUUUCUCAGUGCAAGUGGGCUCUCCUGGCUCAGGAUUAUGCUAAAAGAGUUGCUGCAUUCAUUGGUUUACCUGGCGUGGAUGAUCUGAAACGAUUCCUGGGAACAGGCGCAGCCUUCUCCGAACCAGGUGAAAAGAUCUCCAUUUCCGAAGUUUUGAAUGAGAUAUUGCAAGAUGAGAAGAAGAUCCGGGAACAAGAAGAAGAAAAAGAGCGGCUCGAGGAGGCUGAGGUCGAAGAACAUCCGCCCAUACAAGUAAAGACACCGCAGCGAGGACGUAAGGGGGGAAGGAAAUAG